AUGAAACAUCAAGAUAGCAGAAGUUCUUCGAGUAAAAAGAAACUAAAAACCAUUCCAACUAAGGGAAGGAAAGGAGAUGAUACAGAAAAGCAAGUUGUUGGGGCUGGAUGGACAACUGCUGCAACUCAAAAAUUUAUUGAGUGCGCUGAUGACGACGAAAGAAUGAAGCAUAUUCUAGCUAUGUUUAGUAUUAAUGAUGAUCAAUAUAAAAAUGAUAUAAAAUCCACAACCACAGCAGACUUUCAUUUUGCAAACGGUCUUUGGUGUUUAGAAUCAAAAUUUGAUCUGCCGCAGACACAAUUUAUUUGCAGGACACUCGAUCGGUUACUAACAUCUGCAAUACAGGCAAAUAAUUUAUCAGAUCCUACAGCACCAAAACCAAAUAUUGAUAAUCUUCGUAUUGAUCUCUUUAAUCAAUUCCAAACAAUGUUUAAUGAGCUUAACCAAGGAGAAUGGAAGUUUACAAUUGAACAAACACAGAAAAUUUUAUCUUUUUAUAAUCAGGUGUUCUUUAGGCCUCUGAGAUUAAUAUUAUACUCCUAUACCCAUAACAGAGAAGAUGUUCUAGUUCCUCAGAAAAGAAGAAUUUUCACUCCAAUUCAACCAGUUCCUUUGGCUAAUUGUGUUGAAGAGCCUUAUUAUGUUGAUGAUUCAAUUACAUUUAAGCCGUUUGUUUUGCCUAAAGGCAAUAUCAAUCUUGAGGAUGCAAGAGAGCUAAUCCAGCAAUACACAGAAAAUGUAAUUGAUAUAAUCAAUAAAAGAUAUGACAAUCUUGAGGAAAUGGUCGGUAAAGUCCAGCAAACAGUUGCAUCUGGACGUUAA